AAUACAGGUUACAGUCUGUUUUUUUUCAUAAUUUAAAUUUGUUUAAAUAAUUAUUUGACUUUUGUAUGUUUUCUAUUAUUUAACUAGCUCUUUUUUCUUUAUUAAAUAUUAAUCAUUAUUACCUGAAAGUCGUCAGUUUUUCAUUAUGACUCAAGAAUUAAAAGAUUUAUGUCAACUACUGUUUCCUGAUUCUACUACGGAAAAUGCAGAAUAUUUUAGUGACAUUACUGAUUAUAUAAAGAAAUUGGGAUCACAAAACUGGGAUCAAGUACGAAGUGAGCCUGAUAGGUUAAGCGAAGAGAUGAAGCAUUUAACUGAACAAACACAGGAUUUAGCAUUUACUAAUUAUAAAACUUUUGUGGAGACUGCUGAUAUUUCUCGAACUAUUAUGAAGGAUUUGGUUAAAUCUAAGGAGUCACUUGCUAAUUUGUUAGAUUCAACACCAGAAUUUGUACAACAAUGUGAGAAUUUUUCACAAAUAGCUGGAAAUAUUAUUCAAGAAAAAAGGAGAUAUAGCAGCAUAAGGAAUCAAAGUGACAAGUUAUUGGAGCUAUUAGAACUACCAUCAUUGAUGCGUGAAGCUCUGAAUGCUGAAGACUAUGAAAGUGCAUUAGAUAUUUUUGCUUUUAUUCGUAAUCUAUCAAAAAGGUAUUCUGAAAUACCAAUAGUUCAGAGUACAACCAGUGAAAUCAUGACUUUAUGGUUUGAAACACUUUAUCAUUUAUUUAAUCAAUUACAUUAUGAUUUACCUUUACCUCAAUGCUUACAGAUACUAGGUUACUUACGUAGAGCAAAUACUGUGUUUAAAUCUACUGAUGAUGAACAAAAUAGAACAGGAGCCGGAAAGGCAAGCAAUGUUAAUUCAGAUGGAUUACAUUUACAUUUCCUAAAAGCAAGAAAUGCUUGGUUUGACAAAGCACUUGAGGAUGCAAGAAAUACUGAAAUGCCCGAGAAGGUCUUGCGGAAAUUAGUAGAGCUGCAUAGAGUUCACUUGUUUAAUGUUAUUACUCAACACAAAUCUAUCUUUCUGUCGGAUACUCAAGAGUCAAAAGUAAAUGAUGAUGAAUUAAGUGGUACCAGUGCUUUAUCAUGUUGGCUGAAACAAAAGGUGGAAAGCUUAAGCCAAAUAUUAAACCAAGAUCUUUGGAGAGAAGAUGAAUCAAACUUUGAAUCAUUAUUGAAUCAAUGCAUGUAUCUUUGCCUUUCAUUUGGCAGAGUUGGUGCAGAUUUAAGAUGUGUAUUAACACCUUUGUUUCGCAAUAAUAUUUUAAUGCAAUUGAAUACUGGCAUAGACAAAGUUGACAUACAAUUUGAGUAUCAAAUGAAAUCGUACAAAGUACCAAGUAUAAAGAAUGUACCCAGACCGCCAAAUGAAAAUAUGGCAUCUGGUCCACCUGAAAAUUUGUUAGACUAUUAUCCUUUAGCAGAAUAUUGUAAUGGCAUGUUAACAGUUUUAAAUUCUUUACGUUUGACAGCACCAUUGAAUAUUGUGAAAGAUGUGUACAGAGGUUUUAAAAAAUCAUUUGAUAAAGCUGCACAAAUAUUAGUAGCAUUUUACCACAGAGAACAACAAGCUUUUACUGAGAUAGAAAAGCAAAACUUUAUAUCUCUAUGUGUUUGUUUCACUGAAGACUUAGUACCUUAUAUAGCAAAAUGUCUGUCACAAUCCUUUCCUUCAAGUCAAGUAGCAGAAUUGUUAGGAAUUACGUUAACUGUUUUACAAGACAGUAAAGUGUUACAUUUAGAUCAAACUGAAAUUUGUAAGCCCUUAAAUACUAUUACAGGCCUUAUUAUAUAAAUUAGAUAUUUAUUAAUGUAUAUGGUUCUCCAUAAAAUACUAAAUGUUUAAAAUAUAUAUAUAUAUAUAUAUAUUUAACAAUACACUUAUUUAAGGAAAAACCUUUUUAAUCUUAAGGUACUAAAUAAAUUGUCAGUCAAUCGUAUAGAUAAACAUGACCACCGCACAUAUCUGGCGAAUUUGGUUGUAGAAAAUAAUAUAUUAAAUAAUUUAUUCUAGA